AUGUUCUUUACCGCAUUCUCUCUCUCUCGCCCUGCCGCAUUUGCUCACUCUCGCUCUUCCGCAUUCUCUCUCUCUCGCUCUGCCGCAUUCUCUCUCUCGCCCUGCCGCAUUCUCUCUCUCGCCCUGCCGCAUUCUCUCUCUCUCGUGCGCGCGCGCGCGCGCUUUGCCGCAUUCUCUCUCACGCCCUGCCGCAUUCUCUCUCUCUCGCUCUGCCGCAUUCGCUCACUCUCGCUCUUCCGCAUUCUCUCUCACUCUUGCUCUGCCGCAUUCUCUCUCUCUCUCUCUCUCUCUCUCUCUCUCUCUCUCUCUCUCUCUCUCUCUCUCUCUCUCUCUCUCUCUCUCUCUCUCUCUCUCUCUCUCUCUCGUGCGCACGCGCGCGCACUCUGCCGCAUUCUCUCUCACGCCCUGCCGCAUUCUCUCUCUCGCUCUGCCGCAUUCGCUCACUCUCGCUCUUCCGCAUUCUCUCUCACUCUUGCUCUGCCGCAUUCUCUCUCACGCCCUGCCGCAUUCUCUCUCUGGCUCUGCCGCAUUCGCUCACUCUCGCUCUUCCGCAUUCUCUCUCACUCUUGCUCUGCCGCAUUCUCUCUCACGCCCUGCCGCAUUCUCUCUCUGGCUCUGCCGCAUUUGCUCACUCUCGCUCUUCCGCAUUCUCUCUCACUCUUGCUCUGCCGCAUUCUCUCUCUCUCGCCCUGCCGCAUUCGCUCACUCUCGCUCUUCCGCAUUCUCUCUCUCUCGCUCUGCCGCAUUCUCUCUCUCACGCCCUGCCGCAUUCUCUCUGUCGCCCUGCCGCAUUCUCUCUCUCUCUCGUGCGCGCGCGCGCGCUUUGCCGCAUUCUCUCUCACGCCCUGCCGCAUUCUCUCUCUCUCGCUCUGCCGCAUUCGCUCACUCUCGCUCUUCCGCAUUCUCUCUCACUCUUGCUCUGCCGCAUUCUCUCUCACUCUUGCUCUGCCGCAUUCUCUCUCUCUCUCUCUCUCUCUCUCUCUCUCUCUCUCUCUCUCUCUCUCUCUCUCUCUCUCUCUCUCUCUCUCUCGUGCGCACGCGCGCGCGCUUUGCCGCAUUCUCUCUCACGCCCUGCCGCAUUCUCUCUCUCUCGCUCUGCCGCAUUCGCUCACUCUCGCUCUUCCGCAUUCUCUCUCACUCUUGCUCUUCCGCAUUCUCUCUCUCUCUCUCUCUCUCUCUCUCUCUCUCUCUCUCUCUCUCUCUCUCUCUCUCUCUCUCUCUCUCUCUCUCGUGCGCAUGUGCGCGCUCUGCCGCAUUCUCUCUCACGCCCUGCCGCAUUCUCUCUCGCGCUCUGCCGCAUACUCUCUCUCUCUCUCUCUCUCUCUCUCUCUCUCCCUCUCUCUCUCUCUCUCUCUCUCUCUCUCUCUCUCUCUCUCUCUCUCUCUCUCUCUCUCCCUGCCACUCUCACGCUACCUCUCUCUGCCACUCUCGCAUCCCUGCUCAUUGCCGCUCUGGCUCUCUGACGGCUCCACUUGCUCUGUCACACCCUUUUCCCUCAUCUCCCUGGCCAUCAGUCCCUCUCUUGCCAAAUUCCCUCCUCCUUUGCCACGUUCACUCCCUCUCUGCCCCAUUCACUCACGCUCUGCCCCAUUCACUCCCUCUCUGCCCCAUUCACUCACGCUCUGCCCCAUUCACUCCCUCUCUGCCCCAUUCACUCACGCUCUGCCCCAUUCACUCCCUCUCUGCCCCAUGCAUUCAGAUGAGCUACCGCUGCCCUGCCUGCAAGGUCAACACCUUCUUGACCCAACAGGGCAUGGAGAGUCACAUGCGUAG